AUGAGCCGUCACUCUUUCCAUGCUGGCAUCGGCGGCCUCAGUCCUCCUGCCGCCCUCCAGAGCCGUCCCCAGUCUCCGUCUCCGGACUUGCCUGGCAUCCAGAAGUUGCUCCGCGAUCACUUCCGCUCCUCCCGCAUAUCUCUGCAGCAGAUUGAGCGGAUACAGACCAACUUGCACCGUCUCUAUCUCCUCCACCUCACAGAUGGCUCCAGACUGGUGUUGAAGUGCACUCCAGCCGCGAGCACACGGCUGCUCCGCUCUGAGCACUUGUCACUUGUCACUGAAGCCCACAUCCUCGAACUCCUCGCCAACGCCAGCCCCCGUGUCCACAUUCCCCUCCCUCACCUUCUCUGUGCUGAUACUAGCCCCGACGCUGAACCUCUGGGGUGCAGUUACAUGCUCCGCACCCACGUCCAUGGCAUCUCUCUGGCACACCUCCGACCACACCUCAGCGGCAAUGACCUGGCUCAGAUCGACCAUGCUCUUGGAAGCUAUCUGAAAGCCAUGGCAUCCAUGACGGCUCCAACCUUCGGCCCAGCCUUGACGGUGGCGGCUGGGAAGGGCAGCAGCUCCUGGCGAGAAGCCUUCCUCCUGCUGCUGGAGUCUGUCUUGCGGGACGCCGAAGACAUGCUCAUUGCACUGCCCUACGACUUCAUCCGCUCCCUUGUGCAGGCUCAGCAAGCGACGUUGGAUGAGGUGCGGACACCAGUGUUAGUGGCCAUGGACGCGGGAAGACCCGGCAAUGUGCUAGUGGAUGAGAGGAAGCGAUGUGUCAGCGGCUUGGUCGGCUGGGGCAACAGUGUCUGGGGAGACGCGCUCCUGGCGGGCGUGUGCUGGGGCUACUCGGCGGAUCAGACAAACGGAAGCAACGGGGCGUUCUGGGGAGGCUUUGGCAGCUGUGAUGGGUCAGAAGAGGAGGUCAUCAGGAUGAAGAUCUACUCGGUGUACAAAGCGGUGGUUGCUGUUGUCACUCAAUAUUACCGGCCUGCCCAGCUAGACCAUGAGGAGCUGGAGGCCAGGAGAGCGCUCACUCGCGCCCUGAAUGACUUACGGGACACCGUCUAG